AUGGCUCCUCCCGCCGGCCAUGUCGAAACCGAGGCGCCUGAGAAGAGACAGGCCGCCGUGAAUGGAGAGGAGCCCAAGCUCUCUGCGUCAGAGAGAAGGCGCUUGCGCAAGGCAGAACAGGCGGCUGCAAAGAAGGAGUCGAAGCAACAGCAAGAAGGCGCCGCCGCCCAGGCAGACAAGAACGGCGCCGAAAAGGCUGAGGACGAGCUUGACCCAACUCAGUACUUCGAGAAACGCUGCCAGCUUGUCGAGGACCUCAAACACAAGGGCGUUUCCGCGUACCCCCACAAAUUUCAGGUAUCUCUGUCGAUUCCGGAGUUUAUCAAGAAGUACGGCAACCUCGGAGACGGCGAGCACCUGGAAGCCGAGGAAGUCCAGAUUGCGGGCCGAAUUACACGUGUUUCGGCGAGCGGGCAGAAGCUGCGCUUUUACGACAUCCGCGGCGACGGCGAAAAGAUCCAAGUCAUGUCGAAUUUCAGUUAUCAUGAUGAGAAGGCAGGAGACUUCUCAGAGAUCCACAACCGAUUCCGAAGAGGAGAUGUUAUUGGAAUUCGCGGGUUCCCCGGGAAGUCGAAACGCGGUGAGCUGUCGAUCUUUCCCCGCGAAGUGACCCUGCUGAGUCCGUGCCUCCACAUGCUGCCGGAGCGAAACACUCUCAAGGACUUCGAAGUGCGCUUCCGUCACCGGUAUCUCGAUCUGAUCGUCAACGAUGAAACGCGUAAAACGUUCCUUAUCCGGUCGCGGAUUGUCAAUUUCUUGCGUCACUUCUUGGAAGCGCGCGGUUUCGUGGAGGUCGAGACCCCGAUGAUGAACGUUAUUGCCGGGGGAGCUGCAGCGCGGCCCUUCAAGACGCACCAUAACGACUUGGACAUGGACCUGUAUAUGCGAAUUGCCCCGGAGUUGUUCUUGAAGAUGCUCAUUGUUGGUGGCCUGGAUCGCGUUUUUGAAAUCGGCAAGAAUUUCCGAAACGAAGGGAUCGACAUGACACACAACCCGGAAUUCACAGCUUGCGAAUUCUACUGGGCCUACGCUGACUACAACGAUCUUAUGGAUCUUACCGAGGAACUGCUGUCAUCUAUGGUGAUGGCGCUCCAUGGAACCUAUCAGAUUCAGUAUCACCCAGAUGGCCCCGGCGGUGAGGCAGUCACUCUGGACUUCACUCCCCCCUUUGCGCGUCUGUCUAUGGUCGAGGAGAUCGAGAAGAAAGCGGGAGUGACGUUGCCAAGACCGCUGGAUGGCGAUGAGUGCAUCGCUUUCAUGAAAGACCUGCUGAUUAAGAACAAGGUGGAGCUCCCCCAACCGACCACGAGUGCUAAGCUGCUCGACGCGCUCUGUGGAGAGUAUGUGGAGUGUCAAGCGCAGACGAAACCUGUGUUCAUCACAGAGCACCCACAGAUCAUGUCCCCUCUGGCUAAAUGGCAUCGGUCGAAGCCCGAAUUGACAGAGCGUUUCGAGCUGUUCGUCAUGGGAAAGGAACUCUGCAAUGCGUAUACCGAGCUGAAUGAUCCCGUCAAGCAGCGUGAAUGCUUUAUGGACCAAGCAAAGGCGAAGGCAGCUGGCGAUGACGAGGCCGCUUGUAUCGAUGAAGUCUUCUGCACCGCACUGGAGUACGGCCUGCCUCCUACUGGCGGCUGGGGUCUUGGGAUCGACCGGCUGACGAUGUUCCUUUCGGAUCACAAUACCAUCAAAGAGGUUAUCCUGUUCCCCGCAAUGAGACCCCAGCCACAGAUCGGAGCGUCAGGGAAACAGGAAUCGGACACUGGAGUCCCCGGAGAGGCAUCUUCCCCGACUCACUGA